UUUUCGGGAUACCGUCUCAGCAGUCACGUGCACGGCGCUUAUACGAAAAAUUGAGAAAUCAUGCCACCCAAGGCGAGCGGCAAAGCUGUGAAGAAAGCCGGAAAGGCUCAGAAGAAUAUUAGCAAGACCGACAAGAAGAAGAAGAGGAAAAGGAAGGAGAGUUACGCUAUUUAUAUAUACAAAGUGUUGAAGCAAGUACAUCCGGAUACUGGAAUUUCUAGCAAAGCUAUGAGCAUCAUGAACAGUUUUGUUAAUGAUGUGUUUGAGCGAAUUGCUGCUGAAGCAUCACGUUUGGCGCAUUACAAUAAACGAUCAACUAUUACUUCUCGGGAAAUCCAAACUGCUGUUAGGCUUUUGCUACCUGGAGAAUUGGCUAAACACGCUGUGAGUGAAGGUACUAAGGCUGUCACCAAAUACACCAGCUCUAAGUAAAUUAUCUGAGGACAACGGCCCUUAUCAGGGCCACAAA